GCUUGUUAUAGAUUAGUCAAAAAGAAAUUAUCAAUUUUAAAAUUAAUUUUGCGGUAGCUAUAAAAAUCAAUUAGGAAAUGAAUUAAUUCGUCCAUUAAGGGCAUUGAUGUCAUACUUAUCUAAUUACUUGACUUGAGUCACGACAUGAAGGUACCUUGUUAGUUAGGUUAUAUUAUUAUAAUGAAACAUUAGUUAUUUCUAGGGUUUUAUUCAAAGCAGUGGCAGUGUUAGGUAUAUGUGGUUCAGUUUAUUUUCUAGUGAUUUAUAUUCCUUCGCGGUGCAUUUAUUUGUUCUGUUAUUUGUUCUGACGGAGCGAAAAUUAAAAACAAUAAAAUGUUGAUAGUGUUUAUUUUAGCUUCAUUCUGGCUCGUUGCCUCGGGAGAAAACAAUGUGACUAUGGUUGAGAAAGACAAACAAAAUAGCCAAAGCGCGCCUGUGUCUGUGGAUUCGAGGUUUUUUGAUCUUGGACAACUGUUCGGCCCGCUAUUUUCCAACUUUAAUCAGAACCGGCCCGGCGGGAAUGCAGGAACUAAUUUCCCGCAAAACUCGCAGCUUCCUCCUGCACAGAGAAAUUUCCCUCAGAGACCAAAUGCAGGGAAUGACUGGGGAAAUCCAGGCAAUUUUCGAUCACCUCAAAACCUAGGGUUCAAUCCGCAACAACCUAAUGGAGCAAUGCAAUGGCAGCGACCUGGUGAUUCUAACGGAGGAGAAUUCGUAAGACCUAAUUAUCCAGGUGCAUUUAAUCCCGUGCAAAGGCCCAAUGAAUACCUUGGGAGCAAUCAGAACCCAUCCAAUUGGAGGCCUGAUGAUGUCCAAGGAUCAAAUCAAUACUCCAAUCAAUUUGGUUCAAAUGGUCUAAACACUCAAGUCCAGCUACCAUCAAAUUCAGGACAAAACUGGAACCAACCGAGGCCGACUCCAAACCCCGAUCAAAAUAUUCCAACGCAGUUUCCUGGUCAAGAAUAUCAGCGUCCAAAUAACAAUUAUCCUGAUAAUAAUGAGCACCUAGGAAAUGAACCUCAAGGGCCUAACUUCAAUUCCAACCAAGGGGGCUGGCAGGACGCAGGCGACCCAGACAGUGGUACUUUAGACGAUAUAUCCCCGCAAAUAAAUGGAGAUAGCAACAAUGCUAUACUUGGACGACCUGUUAUCGUCCCGACUACUACUGUUAAUCCAAAUCAAAUCGUCUUCGAUAAUAGUUCGGAGAGCCCGUUGCAAAGGCAAUGUGUACAAGACUGCCCCGCCACUCCGGAAUACAAUCCAAUAUGCGGAACAAAUAACGUAACUUAUUUUAACCCGGGGAAAUUCGUCUGUGCUCGGAACUGUGGUGUCUCCGUGUACGUCGCUCGCCGGGGAGUUUGCAGCCGAAGACCCAUGUGAAAUUUUGAAAUACCUAUUAUAUAUAUUUCGCUAUAUUGUCGACAUAAAAUGAAAACUAUUAUUAUGUUAUGUGUAGGUACUUAUAGACUGUAAAAUUUGUACCUAGCUAGAAUAAAGUGUAAUCAAUCAA